AUGUUUGUCUCUUUUUUUAUUAUUUUCACCUAUACAUUGGCCACUGCUGCCUUUUCAAUUCCGGGCCUGGAGGCACGGAAGUCGUCCAAAGCAUGCAAGGGCAAUUCAGCCCACAAAAGGACUAAAUGGUGUGACUACACCAUAAAUACCGACUACACUGAAAUUGUCCCCAAUACUGGUGUCACUCGUGAAUAUUGGUUUUCGAUUGAUGAAGUGACUGUCGCUCCAGAUGGAGUCUUCCGCUCAGCAAUGGCAGUCAACGGCACUAUUCCAGGUCCCACAAUCUACGCAGACUGGGGCGACAAUGUCGUUAUACAUGUCACGAAUCAUCUUGACGCUGUUAAGAAUGGAACCAGUAUUCACUGGCAUGGCAUACGGCAAAAUUACACAAAUCAAAAUGAUGGUGUUGUUUCUAUCACACAGUGCCCAACUGCCCCUGGAUCUUCGAUAACCUAUAAAUGGCGUGCAGUUCAAUACGGUACAUCAUGGUGGCACUCUCACAUUGGUCUUCAAGCCUGGGAAGGGGUUUUUGGCGGUAUAAUCAUCAACGGGCCUGCAAGCUCGAAUUAUGAUGUUGAUCAGGGCGUUAUGUUUUUGAAUGAUUGGUCCCAUGCGACGGCCGACCAAUUAUUCAUCCAGGCGCAAACAAGGGGCCCACCAACUCUAGAUAAUGGUCUUAUAAAUGGAACGAAUGUGUUCAAUGACACAAGUGGAAGCCGUUUCACUAUGAGGGCUAAUAAAGGGGCAAAGUACAGAAUCAGGCUUAUCAAUGCUGCUAUUGAUACUCACUGGAAGUUCAUGAUUGACAAUCACACUUUGACGGUCAUUGCUAUGGACCUUGUGCCUAUAAAGCCGUACACUACACAAUGGAUUAAUAUUGGCAUGGGUCAAAGAUAUGAUAUAAUUGUAGAAAUGAACCAGGCGGAUGUUGCAAGAAAUUUCUGGAUCCGAGCCAUUCCACAGACUGAAUGUUCUGAGAACGAAAGUGUCGACAAUAUCAAGGGAAUUCUUCACUACCAUACCAAAGUUGGUACGCCCACAACCAGUCCAUAUGACUAUGGUGUCGAUGCAUGCAUCGAUGAGGACCUAAGUAACUUAGUACCUGUGGUAUCAAAGUCUGUCUCCAAUCCUGACUGGGAUUCAAUGGAAGAUGUGACGGUCGCGAGAAACUCAAACAAUCUUUUCCGCUGGUAUCUCAAUAGUACUACCAUGCAGGUUGACUGGCAAGACCCUACUCUGCUUCAAAUAUACAACGACGUUACAGAAUUUUCCGAUUCGAGUGGAGUGAUCGAGCUUCCAAACGCCAAUGAAUGGGUGUAUCUACUGAUCAAUACUUCCUUGCCCAUUUCUCAUCCGAUUCAUUUGCAUGGUCACGAUUUUUUCAUUCUCGCUCAAGGAACAAAUCCCUGGGAUGGAACCACUAUAUCCCACACGAACCCUCCACGAAGAGAUACCGCAAUGCUGGAAAGCACUGGAUAUCUGCUUAUUGCUUUCGAGACAGACAACCCAGGUGCAUGGCUAAUGCAUUGUCAUAUUGGAUGGCAUACUUCAGAGGGGUUUGCCUUACAGUUCGUGGAGCGCUAUGACGAGAUCAAAAAAUUGAUUGAUCAUAAGUCUCUUGAGAAAAACUGCAAGUCUUGGAUAUCAUACGACACCUCAUACAACAUUGAGCAGGAUGAUUCGGGUGUCUGA